CUCCCCUUUGAUAAAUGAUCGUCAUUGAUCCUGCAAAAAUAUUUUUCGUUUAACAGUUUGUUUCAAUAGAAUAUCAGGUCUUACUUCCAACAAGGAAACAAAAGCUGGCAAUCUGGAUAGUAAAGAAACACUUUGUGAGAAGUUAUCACCUGAAUUGCAAAAAUGAGGUGUGCAAAGAAAUAAGAUGUUCUUUGAAAACACAUAUGACAAUACAUACUGGCGAGAAGUGUCAUGUGUGUAAAAUUUGUGAUAAAGUAUUUUCUCAAGAACAAUAUCUUACAUACAUAUAGCAACGCAUGCUGGUGAGAAGAAUUAUAUAUGUAAAAUAUGCGGCGAAGCAUUUUCUCAACAAAAAACUUUGAUCACGCAUAUACAUGCUGGCGAGAAAAAACAUAAAUGUAAAAUAUGUGAGAAAACAUUUUCUCAUCGAGGUACACAAUGUAAUUUGAUCACACAUAUGACAAUACACCCUGGCGAAAAGAAUCAUGUAUGUAAGGUAUGUGAUAAAGCAUUUUCUCAAGAACAACAUCUUAUCAUACAUAUGGCAACAUGUACUGGCGAGAAGAAUCAUAAAUGUGAAAUAUGUGAUAAAGCAUUUUUUCAACAAGGUACUUUGAUCACGCAUAUGACAACACAUACCGGCGAGGAAAAACAUGAAUGUAAAAUAUGUGGUAAAACAUUUUCUCAUCGAGGUAAUUUGAUCAGACAUAUGGCAACACAUACUGGCGAGAAGAAUUAUAUAUGUAACAUAUGUGAUAAAUCAUUUUCUCAACAAAGUACUUUGAUCAGACAUAUGGCAACACAUACCGGCGAGGAAAAACAUGAAUGUAAAAUAUGUGGUAAAACAUUUUCUCAUCGAGGUAAUUUGAUCAGACAUAUGGCAACACAUACUGGCGAGAAGAAUUAUAUAUGUAACAUAUGUGAUAAAUCAUUUUCUCAACAAAGUACUUUGAUCAGACAUAUGGCAACACAUACCGGCGAGGAAAAACAUGAAUGUAAAAUAUGUGGUAAAACAUUUUCUCAUCGAGGUAAUUUGAUCUUACAUAUGACAAUACAUACUGGCGAAAAGAAUCAUGUAUGUAAAAUUUGUGAUAGAGCAUUUUCUCGAGGACAAUAUCUUAACACUCAUAUGGCAACACAUAAUGGGGAAAAGAAUCAUAUAUGUAACAUAUGUGAUAAAGCAUUUUCUCAACGAGGUUCUUUGAACAGGCAUAUGACAAUACACACUGGCGAAAAAAUACAUACAUGUAAAUGUAAAUUAUGUGAUAAAGCAUUUUCUUAUCAAAGUAAUUUGAUCACACAUAUGACAAUACACACUGGCGAGAAGAAUCAUAAAUGUGAAGUAUGUGACAAAACAUUUUCUCAUCGAGGUGCUUUGAUCACACAUAAGAGAACACAUACUGGCAAGAAGAAUCAUAAAUGUAAAAUAUGUGAUAAAGCAUUUUCUCAUGGAGGUAAUUUGAUCACACAUAUGGCAACACAUACUGGUGAGAAGAGUUAUAUAUGUAACAUAUGUGAUAAAGCAUUUUCUCAACGAGGUUCUUUGAACAGGCAUAUGACAAUACACACUGGCGAAGAAAUACAUACAUGUAAAUGUAAAUUAUGUGAUAAAGCAUUUUCUUAUCGAAGUAAUUUGAUCACACAUAUGACAAUACACACUGGCGAGAAGAAUCAUAAAUGUGAAGUAUGUGACAAAACAUUUUCUCAUCGAGGUGCUUUGAUCACACAUAAGAGAACACAUUCUGGCAAGAAGAAUCAUAAAUGUAAAAUAUGUGAUAAAGCAUUUUCUCAUGGAAGUAAUUUGAUUAUGCAUAUGAAAAUACAUACUGGCGAGAAGAAUCAUAAAUGUAAAAUAUGUGUUAAAGCAUUUUCUCAAAAAAGUCAUUUAAUUAGACAUAUGACAAUACACACUGGCGAGAAUAAGCAUUUAUGUAAUUUUUGUGAUAAAGAAUUUUCAAACUGCUAUUCUCUGAAAACACAUAUGGCAAUACAUACUGGUGAAAAGAGUUGUGAAAAAGUUUCAAGUGUGUGAUAAAAACCUUUUCUCACCAAAGUGUAUUGAACCUUCAUUUACUCUGGCGCAAAGAAACAUAAGUGCGAUGUGUGUAUUAAAACGUUUUCUCAAGGAAUACACAAUUGCGAUACAAAACAUAAGUGUGAUGAAGUGUUUUCUCAACCAAUCUUAUCACACGUAUGAUAAUACAAACUGGCGAUAAGAAAUGAAGUGUGAAAUAUGUGGUAUAAAAGGAUUUUCUACACAAGUUUCUAUACCGCCCCCGUGGUUGAUGGGUUAGAGUCGAUGACUUCUAAUCCAGUUACCUCUCUGGCGUGGGUUUGAUCCCCGGGAGAUGCUUUGAUAGUUUAGCGCGGAGGAAGGUAGUCUAAAAAAUUGACGAAAAAAUCUCGGUGGGACGCUCUAGGAUGGCCCGACUUGAGUGUAUGGUCGCCCAUAUGGGCUUUCAGGUGGCGACCUUAAAUAAACGCAUUUAAAAAAAAAAAAAGAAAAAAAAAGCUAGUCUAGUACUGGUGUAACUCUCCAGGAACGAUGGUUAGUAAACUACCCGCCUAUAUGACUGAAAUACUGUUGGCAAAAGGCGUAAAAUGAAACAAACAAACAAACACAAGUUUCUCUUAUCACACAUAUGAAAAUAAUACACACUGGCUAGUAGAAACAUAAGUGUCAAGUGUGUGAAAAAACAUUUUCUCACCAAAGUGAACCAAACCUACAUAUGACAAUAUACUAUGGCGAUAAGAAACAUAAGUUUGAAGAGUGUGAAAAAGCGUUUUCUCAAGAAAUUCAUUUUAUCACACUUAUGACAAUACACACUGGCGAUGAGAAAGAGAAGUUUGAAGUGUGUGAUUAAGUGUUUUCUUAACAAUUUCAUCUUAUCACACUUAUGACAAUACCCAUAAGAUGAUUUUAUCAUUUAAAUAUAAAAACCUUUUUACUGAAGGAAUGCUGCCUUAAAGAAUGGGCAGAACUUUACGUUUACUUUUCGUUAGUCAAUUUUUCACAGAGUUCUCCAAGAAAAUCUGCUCUUCAAUGAUUACAGUCAGUUCAUAAAAACGAUUGUAACGUGUCAGUUUGGAAAUAAAAUAUAGAUGGAUCUUAGAUAA